AUGGAGCAGCUUCCUCUUCUUCCCUGUGGCUCCAAGACCAGCACCUCCUCCACACCUUUGUACCUCACCUCAGAGAACAGAACCUCCACAUCCAACUCACCGCCGUUGCUGCCGCCGGCGCCUGAACCUUCCAGACACUCCGACCAUGAUACGGGCUCAGAUACAGUGAAAGCAAAGAUCAUGUCGCACCCCCUCUAUUCUGCUCUUCUGAGAUCCUUCAUAGAGUGCCAAAAGGUCGGGGCGCCGCUAGAGGUGGUCGGCCAGCUAUGCGCCCUCGCUGAUGAGAUUGAGUCGGAUUCUGUUGGCCGGCGCCUAGACGACCCGCCGGACCCAGAACUUGACGAGUUUAUGGCGACCUACUGUGAUGUGCUGGUGAGGUACAAGCAGGAGCUUAGAAGACCAAUUCAAGAGGCCGACCAGUUCUUCAGGGCCAUGGAGGUGCAGAUGGGCUCGUUUACACUACUAGAUGACAACAGUUUCGAGGGGGGUGGUUCCUCUGAAGAUGAGCAAGAAGCCGUCGACGUGGGCGGCCUGCCAGAUCUCACGAAUCACUGCACCGACGACAAGGAGCUCAAGAGCCACCUCUUGAACAAGUACAGCGGCUAUCUGAGCAGCCUCUGGAGGGACCUCUCCAAGAAGAAGAAGAAGGGCAAGCUGCCAAGGGACGCGCGCCAGAAACUCCUGCACUGGUGGCAGCUCCACUACAGAUGGCCUUACCCGUCGGAACUGGAGAAGGCGGCGUUGGCGGAGUCGACGGGGCUGGACGGGAAGCAGAUCAACAACUGGUUCAUCAAUCAGCGGAAGCGGCACUGGAAGCCCACGCCGCCGGCCAUGGAGUACAGGACGUCGCAACCCACCUACGGCGCUUCGAGCAGCUCUUCUGCCGCCUUUGGGGCGGAAGGCCACUACUUCGCCGGAGGAAGCGCGUAUCCCCGUGGCCCGUGA